AUGAGCUCGCCAGCGAACCCUCCUGGGCCACUCACGCCUCCUGCAGAGCCAGCAACUCAGCCAUCUCAACCGACACAGACCUCACAGGCUACAACACAACCUCCAGUCGAGGCGCUUCUCUCGCAGCCCUUGACCUCGCUGUCGGAUGAUGGCAGUUCUAGACGGCCACGCGACCACCGGUUAAUGCAUCUACUCCUCGCGUCGCACGGCAUCAGCGCCUACCAGCAACGCGUUCCUCUUCAACUGUUGGAUUUUGCGUACCGGUACACUAGUUCUGUCCUCAGUGACGCCCAGUACAUCCAGACUGAAGCAUACGACCAAGCCGACGGAGGUGCCCAGGCCAAGGGACGAGGAUCGAAGCAGAAUCAAAGUAAGACAGAAGAAGGAGACAUCAGUAUAGGCGCGCUACGAAUGGCCAUCGGCUCAAGGAUGGGCUAUCAGUUCCAAGCAAGUCUGCCGAAAGAGUUCCUGAAGCAGCUUGCUGACGACCGAAACCGGAUAUCACUACAAGCUCAGACAAGAGAUGGCGAUAAGAGUGGUCCGCUGGUGGGCGGUGUCCGACUACCGCAUGAGAAAUACUGCCUGACAGGGGUGGGCUGGGGAUUAAAGGACGAAUGGGACAGCGAAGGCGAAGAGAGCCUUGCUGAGCUAGAGGCACAACAUAGGCCUGAGCCGGAAGAUCUCAUGCAAAUGGACGAGAGAGAAAACGAUGAGGACCUCGAAGGCGAGGGAACCAUGGAAGAUGUGUUUGGGCCCAGUGAGGACAAGGACGCCGACGGAGAUGUUGAGCUGUCAUAG